CACCGCUCCACCUCUUCACUUCAGACAUCACAAUGGAGCGGAGGAAACUGCUGCCCCCAGUGGGAUUUGACACAGUGAUGUUAUAGGAUGUACAACAAUCUGCCAUCUGUCAGAAGGGGUGAGGUUGCAAGCUGGUCACACAUGUCCGUUAAUGUGUAGACAACUAGCAUGGGUGAAGAGCUGGAUUUGUGACACUGUUUCUAAGCGAGAGAAGAGGGAGCAGCCAUGUCUGAGAAGAAGCCCCGAUGCUCGGACACUCGUCCCAAAUCUGGCCUUCGCAGUUGGAGUGCCGAUAGUUACAUUUGGCGAGGAAAGAAGCGGUCGAGGAACUCUCGCAAGGGUUCCAGUCCUGGAGGGUUUGAGGCGGAGGGGUCAGAGGAACUUGGGGUACGGUCCACUUCCUGUCCGAGGAGGCGAAGAGAGAGAAAGUGUAGCUGCAGCAGUCUUGGGGAAGACAUCGAUGCUGUGUGCCGAAAGGCAAUGUCCAGGCGCUCUCUGCGGCAGAAGUUCCAGGAUGCUGUGGGACAGUGUUUACCCUUGCGCUCGCAUAAUCCCCACCAUCAUCACCACCAUCUAGCGGGAGCCUCACGUCCAUUCUCUGUGUUAUUCUGGUCCAAACGCAAGAUUCACGUAUCAGAGCUCAUGCAAGACAAGUGCCCCUUCUCCCCCAAAUCUGAACUGGCUCACAGUUGGGACCUUUUUCAAAACCAUGCCACCCACUCAGGUGUCCACAUGGACCUGGAGGCUAACCUGAAAGCUAACAACUCCCCACCACAUCCCCCAUCCCCCCCACACAUCUCCUGGGAGGAGAUCUGCUGCUCCCCUGAUCCUAGAAGCCUCAUUCAAGAGGACUGGGACACUAUUUGUCCACACGAGCAAAUAGAGGACAGCAACGGCCACAUACUGGUCCCUGAUCUCCUGCAGAUAAACAACAGCUCCUGCUAUUGGGGGGUUCUGAACCGUUUUGAGGCGGAGGAACUCCUGGAAGGCCAGCCGGAAGGAACCUUCCUUCUCAGAGAUUCCGCUCAGGAUGAAUUCCUUUUCUCCGUCAGCUUUCGACGGUACAGCCGGUCCCUGCACGCACGCAUUGAGGAGAACGGCAAGCGCUUCAGUUUUGAUGUACGCGACCCGUGCAUGUACCGGGAUAGCAGUGUGACGGGGUUGCUGAGACACUACAGUGACCCGGCCACCUGUCUCUUCUUUGAACCCCUCCUUUCCCAGCCACUACCCAGAACAUUUCCCUUCUCCCUGCAGCACUUGUGCAGGGCUGUGAUCUGCAGCUGCACCACCUACCAGGGGAUAAAGAACCUUCCACUGCCCUCUCAGCUCAGGAACUACCUCGGCCAGUAUCACAUCAAGUGUCAAGGGGCUUGUGCUGUGUGACUAGCAAAAGAGACAUUGGUCCUACAUGUACUAUAUGUUGUUGUUUUUUUUCCAUUGAAGCGUUUUGUUUCAGGCCUGGAUGUAUUUUUCAAAUUUUCAAAUAUUCACAGUAAUUAUACCUUGACAACUGCCUUAGUGUAGUGUUUGACAGAGGAGCAAAGAGGAUCGGAGUAAAAAUAUACAUUUUAUUUGGAAAAUGCAGUUGAGUAAUUGUGUGUAAGUCGACAGAAAUAUUUGAAAUACGUAUACUUAAAAAUGUACUGCUCAACCCAGUAGGAGCACAACACAAGCCCACUGUAAUCAACUGCUUCAACUCUUUUAUGUACAUUACGCUUAAUUAAUAGAAAAACUAAUUAUGCUGCAAAUCCCGACGAGCCAGUGACAUCUUGCAAGUUUCAACUGGAAAGAUGCAGAUUCCCUCUGGCCAACAAAUGGUCAGAAGAUAAAAGUACUAUUCUGAUGUUAAUUGGCAUUAUUUAUCAGCUUGAACGUGGUACUCCUCUACACGGUAGUACUCAGCAGAAGUACUUUUGAAUCUUAAUCAUUCUCAAAACCCAAACCAAAUCUCUCUCCCGGGGCUUGAGUGGAAACUGUGGUUAUAGAUCGAGUGUGCCUAGUAGAUUUUUCGGCAUAUUUCAUAAGCAAAUUCAGGGCAACAUUAUAAUGAUUUAAACCUCUAUCUGUAUCGGACUAUUUUGACUGAUUGAUAAAUUGAUUUUUU